CCUGUCCUGAAUUCGAUGGAUAAAUCACCACUGGAGGACCCAUUUUGGGGUCGAAAAUCCCUCAUUUCUCCCACUCGUUGGUGAGAAUUCUACAGUUGAUAGGCUUUCCAAUAUGAAGGAGAUGAUCGGGGGCUGCUGUGUUUGCGGAGAUGAACGUGGCUGGACGGAGAACCCGUUAGUUUACUGUGACGGACAGGGCUGUAAUGUGGCCGUACACCAAGCAUGUUAUGGUAUUGUGACAGUUCCAACUGGACCUUGGUAUUGCCGCAAAUGUGAAUCACAAGAAAGAUCAGCAAGAGUGCGCUGUGAGCUGUGUCCUCAACGUGAGGGAGCUUUAAAAAGGACUGAUAAUGGAAGUUGGGCCCAUGUUGUCUGUGCUUUAUAUAUUCCUGAAGUCUGCUUUGGAAAUGUGACGACUAUGGAACCUAUUCUUCUAUCUUCUGUUCCUCAUGAUAGAUAUAACAAAUCGUGCUGUUUAUGUGAGACAAAGGGGCGUGAAGCAAAGGCAGCUGUGGGAGCCUGCAUGACUUGUAAUAAGAACGGCUGCCGUCAAUCUUUUCAUGUUACGUGUGCUCAGCAAGACGGAUUCUUGUGUGAAGAAGCUGGACAGUAUAACGAUAACGUCAAGUACACUGGCUACUGUUCCUACCACUACAAUAAACUGAAAAAAGACAAAGAUAUCAAGACAAUACCUCCAUUUAAGCCUCUUGGUAGUGCCUACAGCACUCCUGAGAAACCUGCAGACAGGCCUUCUGCCGAUAAGACUGAAAAAACUGAUAAAUCAGAGAAGUUAAAACUGGACAAGAUCAUUAAAGCAAAGCCUGAAAGGAAGAACAGGUUUUGUAUUGCUGAGGCAAGUGCUGCCCUGAUUGCACAACAGGAGAGUGCAGCAGAAGCAAGAGCAGCUGAGGUAAAAGCAGCAGAAGCACGUUCAACUGACUUGAAGACCUCAGUUCGUUCGUCAGAAGGACGUGUCGCAGAGUCCAAAGUAGCUCGUCCAUCAGAAGGACGUGUCGCUGAGUCCAAGGCAGCCCGUCUGUCAGAAGGACGUGUCGCUGAGUCCAAGGCAGCCCGUCUGUCAGAAGGACGUGUCGCUGAGUCCAAGGCAGCCCGUCUGUCAGAAGGUCGUGUUGCUGAGUCUAAGGCAGCACGUCUCGCGGAAGCACGUGCUGCUGAGUCCAAGGCAGCUCGUCUGUCAGAAGGACGCCUCGCUGAGUCCAAGGCAGCACGCCUCGCGGAAGCUCGUGCUGCUGAAUUAAAAACAGUGCGACUCUCAGAAGCUCGUGCCGCUGAAGUGAAAGCAACACGUCUCACAGAAGCAUGCACCACUGAGCCUAAGUCAGGGACAAAUACUUCUAGUUCUCCGAAUAGUGGAAAGGGUGACGACUCAAGUGGAAAGUUUACCAACGCAAAUUUUACAGAGACUGUGAUCGGCCCAACUGGGACACCCCCGUCAUCGUCAGGGGUGGAGGAUCCAUCCUCGGGGGAUAGCUCCUUGAUCCUGAAGUUUACUCGGAACACUGUGAGCCAGCCUGGAAGAGGAAGAAAAAGCAGCACGCAAAAGUUGGAUAUUCCAGGAGUUGGGGAUAGUCAGUCGACUGUCGUCUCUUCAAAAUCCGGGGGAUCUGAGUUCAGUGUUAGUUACUCUGAACGUGUUUCUUCCCCUAGUCUAACCCAAGAGGACACAAGUUUGAGUGUCAAACCAAACAAAUCUAAAAAAGGGCAGUCAAAGUCUAAUCCUUCGACCCCGAAUCCGACGACACCAAUGGUGAUUACAGAAACAGUCAUGGUCAAGGAUCUUCCACCAGUGUCGGAAAAGACACGAGGCACCCCUACAGUGGAUGUUGAAACGGUUACAUCACCAACCCCAAGUGGUUCAGGGAAGACCACUUACACAGGUGCUUACGAGGAAUUCAUGGCGAAAUACAAAGCUGAGGAGACUGAAGAUGUCUCCACUAAGAACAAAGAGGAAGAAUCCUCACCUGCUUCGACCAUCUUCCAGACGUCAAAGGUCAUGACGACAAAACCAACAAUCCACAAACCCACAAGUUCUAAAACUGCAAUAUCCACUACCUCGAGUAGCGGAGAUGAAAUGACCAAGCGCGAAAGGAAAAAACACCGCAGUGGGAAACGCAAAGACAGCAAGUUGAAUCGUCCCAGGUCGUCUUUGAGAUCUUUUGGAGGAGGAGACGGGAUACCCAAUAAGAAGAGGAGAUCGAGUGGAUCAUCUCUAGGUAGUCCUCAAGCCUUGUCGAUGCCGAGAUUAAGUUUUAGUGGGACUGGUGGUAGCUGUGGCUUAAAUUCUCCAUCCUCAGGAUCCUCAAUGAUGAACUUCUUGAAUCAAUCAACAAAUAAUGAAGAUUCAGCAAUCAGGGAUGUAUUUAACAUGGCAGGUCAGAGUGGACUGAUUGGACCUCAGUCUCGGCUCUCGUCUCUCAAUCACAGACAACACCAAGAGACCACCCAAUCGUCAGGUAUGCCAGAAACGAUGGAGCAACUUCUUGAGAGACAGUGGGAUCAAGGGUCAGAGUUCCUGAUGCAUCAAGCCACUCAUCUUGACAUUGCGUCCCUGCUGUCUUGUUUGUAUCAAAUACGGCAAGAGAACACCCGUCUAGAAGAGCACCUUACAUCUCUUGUCCAACGUCGGGAUCACCUUAUUGCCGUCAACCUGCGCCUCGCGAGGCCUCUGCACCAAGGAGGGUCCCCAGAGAACUCAAGACGGAGUCCAAGGUUUAACAAUGUGAUACACUCAGAUGGGACGACCAUGAGUGCUAGUAGUCAGGAGCUGAACAGCAGUCGGAGCAGUACCCAAAGCCUAAGUCACUCCUUCAAUCAAUCCUUAAAUCACUCUUACAACCAGUCUCCCUCAUCGGCUGCCCUCUCCCACCCUCACGGCAACCCGACCAUCAAUCUCAAUCAUUCCCAGUCGUCACUUCACCCUUCCAGUACUCCGCAGAACAACGGCCUGUCUCAUCUUCCCGUCAUGCCGUCCCCGAUUCCCUCGUCGCAGUCUUCCCGCCAUAGCCCCGCCCACUCCCACACCUCAACACCCCUGUCCUCGUCCUCACAUGGUACAGUCCAAGUCAUCCCGGGUCAUGGGCAGGCGACCCCACCUCCAGGUCGACUUACUCCGGGUCAUGGGCAGGGACGUAUGACCCCAAGCCAGGAGCGGAUGACCCCAGUGCUGGUCAAGACAUCUCUGGGUCAAAGUUCAUCAGGUCAUGGGUCAGAAGGUCAUAAAAGAGUACCAUCAAGGGACAGCACAAGUACGGAGUCGUCCCAUUCAAGUCGUGACAGUACAAGUCGUGAUCAACCUACUCAACUCCUUGGGGUCAAUCCAGGGGUCAACCCAGCAAUCCAUCCAGCAAUGCUCUUACAACAUCAAAACCUUAAUACACUGGUACAGCAGCAUCUUACAACUGAACAGCAUCAGCAACUUGUGUACCAAAUGAUGCAAACUCAAAACCCAGGGUUAGGUCUAUCCGUCGUUCUCCCCCCUGGCAUUGGAACGGCCACCACAGCAGCAUCCCUUCUGCCCGUCAAUGGGGAAUUACAAUCAAUGAGUGGGCAUACUCAAUCACAGAGUACGAGUAGACCUAAGAGUCCGAGAGGCGAAAGGAGACAGACAAAUUCCAAAGACAAGAGCUAGCAUUUAGCUUCCCUUCCUGUUCAAUAUAAAGUAAGUGACGACCCUUAGCUAAUUAUCAAGUUAUAAUUUGUUUAGUUAAUUAUGAUAAUUUUAUUUUGUAAUUUUUUUUAAAUAUGCUUAAAAUAUUCCUGCUGUUUAAGUUAGUCACUGAAAUUGAGUUUUUGUUAUUGUUCCCUUGUCUAUCACAGUUUUUUUGAUAAGUACCUGAUUUUAUGUUUUGAACUGUUUGUGCCAAAACUGUACAAUUUUACACGUAAUUAGUAUGGACGCUUUUUUUACAUAUCAAUUAUUGGUUUAUUUGUUUGUUUAGUGAACACUUCAAUCUUUGUACAUUUUUUGGAUGAAAGUUUGAUCAGCUACAUUAAGAUUGUUUACUUGCCCCUCAAAGUUAAAAGACUACGUACGCCAUUGGUAAAAGAUUGUUCGUUUUUUAAUACUGAGAAUGAAGAGGAUGGACAUUUUAUUUGAAAUUGAUAAGUGCAAAAUUUCAUGCCUCUGCUUACCACACCAUUCUCUGCUUACUGUGCAAGCGCCGAAUAUCUAUGUAGCGGUGUAAGCGAUGAAUGCCUAGUAACAAGGUACACCCACGACACAAGCAAAAAUUCCCUGCUAACUUAUACGCUGAAAUAUGCUUGAUGUAAACACAGAAUUUCUUGCUUCUGUAUGCGCCAAGUAAGCAGAGCCAUGCAAUUGGGCUCAGUUCUUUGCAUUGCCCAAGCCCACAGAAGCACCUUCCCUGUUGCAGUGUGAUUUUCCAAAUAAAUUGCAAAUGGCAGCCAUGGUUUGAAUAUUUUUGCAAUGGUAACAUCUGCAGUAUGAUUUAGGAUGAAUAGCGUCCCAUUUAAUAAAAACAACUCCACUUUUAUCGAUGGUGUACAAAAUGUCAGAAUUAUGUAUAUUUUUUCACAUGUCAUGUUAUGUGCAGGAUAUGAAUAUGUACAGUAAACAAAACAUUAAAUAAAUCUCAGGAAAAAAAGUACAUAUACCUGUAAAAAAUACUUGAAAAAAUACUCUGAAGUCUAGAGAUAAAAAGUAGAUCUUUGCUCGUUAUGAAGGAAGGAACAAGACUUCUGACAUAACUAUUUUUUGAGAAAAAAACCACUUCCUUAUGGAAGUAUAUUGACUGAAUAGUUGUUUUAAUUCGGAUUAAGACUGUCUUUCGAAGUCUUACUCGAUCUCUUACUUGUGUCCUUGAGCAAGGCACUUGACCAUAAUUGCUUCGUAAAAGUUGGGAAGGUAGUGCAUUCUGCUCUACC